AUGGCGGCCUACGAGGCGCUGCUCGUCGACUCUGCCAAUGUUCACAUUGGCUUGGGUGAGCAGGAGCGCCAGGACCAUGCGUUCUUUGCCGCAACUGAGCGGGCGGCGCGUGUGCGCUCCAGGUGCAUCCUGGGCACCGCGCUUGGCUUGGCGACCCUUGUGUGGUUCACCAUCUAUGGCUGUCCGUCGUUCAUGCGCUGCUUCGGCUUGCUCUUGGGCUCGCCGGGCCUUGAGCUGGGCGGCCACCGCGUGCCACUCGACGUGCCAUGGUCGGAGUUCGACGGCGCGCAGUAUGGUGACGAUCUGCCGGGUCCUGUUCAGUUCAACGUGCCGUGCGACUCCGUGGCGGCGCACCCCUCGCCCAAUUAUGGCGUUGCGAAUGUGACGGUUCUUGAGAGUGAUGGCUCCGGCCGUCCUCGCGCCGCAUUCUAUGGGCAGCACUGCGGGUCGAACAUCACCGACGAUCAGUGGCACAUGAUGGAUGGUUACCCGCUGCACUCUGGUGUCAGGUGGGAGCCCGUCACCCGGUCUUGUGGCAACCCAUUCUGCUGGUGUCGUCACCCGACUUUGCUUCGCGGCUGCAUUCUGACUGUGGUGCAGCCUCAUUUCAUUAUGGUGCCUUGGCCCGCCCAUGGAGAGUGCUUCCACCGUCGCGACUAUGCUCCGACUCAUAUGGCUGAGCUGAAGAAGCAGGCUGAAGGUGGCUCAGAGAUCACCUUGCUGCGUAGCUAUGCCGAGGGCAGGGCUUGCUGCGAUCAUGCGAGGAUUGGCGUGCGCAUGGACACGGUGGACGAGCCGCCUGCCACGACCAUCCCGUGCGACAGGUCUGGCGCUGCGGUGGUUGACGGGGGCACUCCGGCG